GCCGCAGCAGCUCCUCGUAUCGGAAACAUGGCUGUUCAAAACUGGAUCGAUAUCCUCAAAACAUCCAAGAAAACGGCGCUAAUACACGACGGUAAAAGGAAGAUCCACUAUCUCCUUACAGAUGGAAAAGAAAUGACUGAAGAGUAUGACUUGAAAACAGAUGAGCUCAUUGUGCGAAAGUGGCGCCAUAAAAGCACACUUGGAGUUCAGAACCCUUGGCAGGUAGAGAUUGGGGAGCCACUUGCUAGCCCUGUUGCAUCUUUGGACUCUGAUGGAAUCAUAGAAAACUGUUCCAAUCCAGUGUUUAUGCGUAAAGAUACAAAGACCAGCUUUCAGUGGAGAAUUCGCAAUCUUGCCUACCCCAAGGAAGUGUUCUGUGUUUUGUUGGAGCCUUCUGAGAGAUUCAUCAUCAUAAAGACCUCAAACAAAAAGUAUUAUAAGAAAUUCAGCAUUCCUGAUAUGGAUCGAAAUCAGCUGCCACUGAACAGCUCGGCGCUCAGCUUUACACAUGCCAAUAAUACUUUAAUUGUCAGCUACAAGAAACCCACAGAGAUUUUAACGCUUGAGCUGGAGCUGCUGAAGGAACUGAAGAAACUGAAGGGGACAGCUGAAGGGGACAUUGACUGCAAAACUCAAUGAAUUCUUGACUGUGAGAGCGAGGAAAUGAUGUUGUGCUGCAUUUAAAGCAGAGCCUCACAGUGUCAUUUUCUAGUCACACGUCAGCUCUUGUUUAGCUUGCUGUAAAGGAUCACUUUGUUAAGAUUCUUAGUGCCUUACCUGGUUUAAUUCUUCAGCAGGGAUGACUAAUUUCAGUCCAUUAGCUGGAAAUAGUUUUAUUUAGUUUUGUUCCUGAAUUAUUCAUUUUACACAAAAAAAACAAUAUAUGUUUCCCGAGGUGUUUAAGACACUAUUUGUGUUAAAUAAAUAACCUGAUGUCAUUUGGAUGUCGUUGGCCAUCCUGAAAGCCAUUCCUGAAACUAUAUUUAUUUUUUCCUCAAUAAUGUCAGUAGUCUGACUUUGUGGUAGCCAGUCAAAUUACUGCAGACACAGAGAAAUAUAUGUUUCCUUUGGUUAUUAUUUUACAUCCUUUCCUCUUGUAAAUCUUUGUGUAAACACUGUACAAGAGAGAAAUCAUUAAAGUGAUAUAGUUGGUUACUCUCUGAAGAAUUUCAAUUAAAGGAAAACAUCCUUCCAGUUAGAAAUACUUUAGUAGUGAAUAAAAAAAAAAAAGGAGUAGUUCUUUUUAAAUGAGACAGUGGCAUUUAAAUAUAGAUUGUUUCAACCUUGUGAUUCCUUGCAUUUUUUAAUGCGUUUCCAAACCCAGAGAGCAAGUGCAGAAAGCAGAGACAAAACCACAGGUCUCUCUCACCAUUGUGCUUUGUCCUCUUUCAGAUGGAAAGGACGGCAUACAAGAAAACAUUUCAAAACUGUCAGUCCUGUUGUUUUUGUAAGUUCUUAUAAGGGACUUGAUAGAUUUUUUUUUUCUAACUAUGAAUGAGCAAAAAAUCCAUUCAAAGGGGGGUUGUUUGGCAGUCUGGCUCUGAGACCUCUGCACUGUUUAUUGUGUCUGUUCAGAAUAAAUGUUACUGAAUAUUA